AUGCCGUGGCAGGAUCUCCGUGAGGGGGCGAGAAGCGUCGAAUCAAAGAUGCUCGCUCCGGAUUGGCUGGUAUUCCGACCAAUCAGAGCACGCCUUAUUUUGGUCCAUGUCGUGCGUGUGGUAUCCGUUCGAAUGGUGGUGUUCGGGGUUCAAGGGACGAGAUGGCUCAAGUUGUUGGAGCGCGAAUUUACUGACCGCAAGCCUCAUGAUUCGAGCCCUACCUCUAUGUCUCGAUUUUCCCUGUCUAGGCUUGGACACCCUGACAGUAGCCCAUCCAUCAAGAUGGCCCAAGUGAGCGAGAAUUUACUGACCGGAAGGUCCGGUGGUUCGAAUCCGACCCCUGCCACUCGACUUCCCCUGUCUAAGCUUGGGCAACCUGGCAGUAUCCCAGCCCUUGUGCUUCCUUCGGGUGGCAUGGCAGCUAAACACCGGAAGGGUGUUUUCUUCCCACUGUACGACUUUCAUCACGUGCCGGUACCAAAUGAGUGCCCUUGGAACCCGCACCUAGAUCUUUACAACUUGCAGGAAUUGAUGAAGACACAGAAUUCCGCCCGGGACUGGCAAUGUAAUCAGUGCUGGAAGCGGUUUUAUUCCGAACAUGCAUUAGACUUGCACAUGGACAAUCGACAUCGUUCCACUGUAUACACAGGCCCAAAUGCCACCUGUUUGGCUCUCUUCUGUCCCCUUCUCCGUUGUGACGUGCUGCACCCCGAUUUGGCUUUCGGCGAUCAAGUUUUCUGGGACGAGGCAUUGUGUACGGAGUCCCGGUUUGAGGGUCUGCGAGUACAAUGUGAGACUGCAAUUUGCGAUCACUUAAACUGUUCAAAGUACUGGGAAAUUCCCGACCAUCGAUCCUCCACUCCGACCGAGUCCCACGUCCUACUGAUAUUCCUCGCAAUCACCGGCGUCAUCAUCUAUUACGUCACCGUAUUGAUGCGAAUCAGCGGUCAACCAUACUCAAUACCAGCUUCCAGUCUUUCCUCACCUUACUAUUUUGAGGCAUUGAAGGCCACAAUGCAGUCUCGCGAAAGGAGUACUCACACACAACGGCACUCGGCUUCACGAUUCCGACGUCGAUGACCGGGUCAAUAAGCACAGACUUUCAAAGCACUUUUAGCUGUGAUCCUAAAAAAUAUGCAGUGUAUCUAAGCUCUUUUGUACAGAACACGGUACCAUCUUU